AUGACGGAAACAAAAGAAAUUAGACAGGAUAUUAACAACUCUGAAAAAUCCCCCUUUUUGAAUAAAGAGGAAUCAACUUUUCAAAGUGGUGACCAAAAAGAAAAAGUUAUGCUUACUGAGAAUCCUAAUAAUGAAAUAAUAAUUCUUAAGAACAGAAUCAAUGAGUUGUUAUAUCAAAAUGAAGAACUUCUCAUCAAAGUUAGAGCUAUGGAACAUCUGGUCAGUGAAAAAGUACAAUCCCCGAAUUCUAGUUAUAUUCAAAUUAUUAGAGAACAAUUACUUAAAAAAUGUAAAGAAAGUCAUGACCUUGAAGUUGAGAAAAGUCAUGUAAUUGGAGAGUAUGAGAAAAUUAGUGAUGUUUGUGUUAAAUUAAUGAAGAAAGAACAAGAAGACUCUAAAACAAUUAAAUUUCUUCAAGGAGAAACAAAACGCCUAAGUGAAGAGUUAAUUAGCACAUCUGAUGAAAAAAAUCAGUUUGAAACAGCAAUGAGCUUAAAAGACCAAGAAAUCUUAAAACUAACAAAAUUAAUAAAUUCAGAUAAGAGUAAAUUACUUUUGAGCACUCAGUUAAAAGAAAAAGAUAAAAUUAUUUCAGAAUAUCAACAGAAAGAAAAAGCAAUUAUUACAAAAGACAACCUAAAAAAGAAAGACAUCUUAGAACAACAACAUGAUUCAUUUUAUAAAAUCACUUGUUACUUAAGAUCACUUCAUGUUAUAGAACGAAUAAGCAGAACUACUUCUGCACCAAAUCAAAUUUUUUUGCAUCAAAAGUUGAAGAAAAACAAUAAAGUAGAACUUAUUAUUUUUUGUUCUAAUCCACAAGUAAAGUUUGUGCUUAUUCACGAAGCUAAUAAUUUAUUCAAUAACCAAUUCAUUUCUGGUGCGAUGUUAGUAGAUGGGAUUUGUUCUAUUUAUUGUUCAAAGGGGAUUUAUCAUAUUUGUGGAUACUAUGAUUCACUUCACAAUAUUGUUUGUAAAGAAAUAACUUUAUAA